CACGGCAGCACGGCGCCACAUUCACACGAGUAGUGCCCGAACGCGACGCGACGCGACGCGACGCGCCACCCGAGUAGCCGACCGCGGCGCCGCGAACCGCCAACUCCGCGAACGAACGACGAGCCCGCAUUCACUCGCGGGACCGACCGCGACCUCCGCGACGAACCGCGCGCCCCACCGCGGCCAUGACCGUGGGGAAGAAGGGAGAGACGUCCUCGUCGACGACCUCGUCGACGGCGGCCGCCACCAGCAAGACGGUGGUGUCGUCGUCGACGGCCUCGUCCAGCUCGACGAGUAAGGUGGCCAAGGCCUCGACGGCGAGCUCGAGGACCGCCAGCUCGCCGCAGCCCGCCAGGAAGCAUGUCACGUCCACCACCACGACCACCGUCGGCGAGGUGACGACGGUCAACGGCAAGCCGGUGGGCAUCACCACGACCAUCGUCAGCAACGGCGGCGCCCUGGACGCCGGCGCCGGCACCGUGGUCACCAGGACCACGAAGCGCGUGACCGGCGGCACCACCAGCAGCGUCACCACCAGCUCCAAGGUGGUGGAGACCGUGUCCAGCUCCGUGCUGCGCUCCUCCAGCAGCAGCCACGUGGUGAGCCAGUCCACCGUCGCGGGGGUCUCGGGCACCGCGACCGGCGCCAUCACGUCUUCCAGCCACGGCGGCGGCCUCGGCGGCGGCAGCACCUCCUUCACCUCGGUGACCACCACCACGGGCAAGCAGGAGGGCCGCGUGGACCCCGGCGCCAGGGGGAUGCCCGUGGCCGGCAAGCCUUCCGUCGCGGCCACCAAGGCCACCACGUACCACAUGCUGGGCGGCGACGGCGGCAGCGUCACCAUCACCGACGUCACCGACGUCGUCCUGCCCAGGGCCCAGCACGCCUCCAGCCACCAAGAGGCGUCCUCGUCCUCCAAGAUGUCUUCCUCCAAGAUGUCGUCCUCCAUGUCCUCGUCCAGCCAGCGCGUCGUGCAGUCCAGCGACUUCCUGCAGCAGGAGAAGCAGGGCUCUUCCGAGGCCGUGUCGCUGCAGGCCUUGUCCUCCGCCAAGGCGGAGGCCGCGUCCUCCAGCAGGGCGUCCAACCUCAAGGCCGCCGACGCGUCCACCUCCCUCAUCCAGAUGGAGAAGUCCUCGUCCGUGCUCGGGGGGUCCUCCUCCUCCAGCAAGGCGGAGUCGUCUUCCAAACCCAGGACGACCACCCUGGCCGCGGGGCUGCCGGCUGGGUCCACCGAGACCACCUCGGUGACACUGCUGGACAGCAAGCAGUCCGGAGCCUCGCUGGCGGGGCUCACCACCUCCAUCACCAAGACGUCGUCGUCGUCCUCAUCGUCCAAACAGAUUUCAUCCAGCACCAAAAUGUCCUCGUCGAGUCACCAAGUCUUCGAGUCCGGCUCCAUGGUGGGCGGCACCUCCACGAGCCUCGUACAGCACGGCGCCGACGCCAAGUCCAGCAGCACCGGGGUCGUCAAGUCCUCCAGCACGACCGGGAUGUCCUCCAGCAAGACGUCCAUGUCUUCCAGCCAGGUCGUGCAGUCCUCCACGACCAACGAGUCCCUUAAGCAGAUCUCGAGCGAGUCCGUCAAGCAGAGCUCCAGCAGGUCCACCAUGCUGGACGAGAAGGUGUCCAGCAAGACCACAGCGGACGGCUCGCUCAAGCAGACGGCCGUCAUGUCCUCCAACCGCGAACAGGCGGCCGUGGCGACGACGCCCACCCCGGCCGCGGGGAAGCCGAGCGUGUCGGCCAGCAGCUCGCAGCAGGUGUCCGUCGUGACGUCCUCCACGAGCAGCAGCACUGUGAAGGAGCAGGCCUCCGCGAACCUCAAGACGAGCAAGACGAGCAAGACCACCACCACGAAGCAGGAGGCCGCCAAGGAACAGUGCAUCUGCGAAAUCUGCACCUGCGGGCGCCACCGCUGCCCGCACACGGCCGGCCAGGAGGACAGCCCGCUCAAGCCCAGCGACGCCACGUUCGAGAGCGUGACCCACGCCCGGGAGGCGUACCACGCCUGGGACCUGCACCAGGUGGAGCGGCCCCGGCUGCAGCGCGCGCACACGCAGCUCACGCUCCCUGACGGCGUGGUCCACAGCGAGACCGCCUACCGCCAGGACUACGACGAGAAGAAGGCCGAGAGGCAGACCAGGUUCCACCAUGAGGACCACCUGUACCUGGAGGGCGACUUCACCGGCGAGCGCAGGAACGACUGGGCCACGAAGGGCGAGCGCGCUCCCGUCAAGAAGCCUCAGGACAACCUCCGCCAGGAAGGCGACUUCGCGAAGCGCGAGCUGUCGCCCGUUCGACCCGGGGAGCGCAUGCCCGUCGUGAAGCACCCCGACAACCUGAAGCUCGAGGGUGACUUCGCGCAGCGGGAGAGAACGCCUGUCGGGCCGGGCGAGCGGGCGCCCAUUGUAAGGCGGCCCGACAACCUCAAGCAGGAGGGCGACUUCGCGAAGCGCGAGCUCUCGCCCGUCCGGACAGGCGAGCGCAUGCCCGUCGUGAAGCACCCCGACAACCUGAAGCUCGAAGGAGACUUCGCGCAGCGGGAGAGGACCCCUGUCGGCCCAGGCGAGCGCGCGCCCAUCGUGAAGAGGCCCGACAACCUGAAAAUGGAGGGAGACUUCGCGCAGCGAGAGCGCACCCCCGUCGGCCCCGGCGAGCGGGCGCCGAUCGUCAAACGCCCGGACAACCUUCGCCAGGAAGGCGACUUCGCGAAGCGCGAACUGUCCCCCGUGCGGACCGGCGAGCGCAUGCCCAUCGUGAAGCACCCCGACAACCUGAAGCUCGAGGGCGACUUCGCGCAGCGGGACCGCACGCCGGUGCAGCCCGGGGAGCGGCCCAAGGCCGUCAGGCCCAGCGACAACCUGCGCAUGGAGGGCGACUUCACCGGUGAGAGGACCGUCGUCACGGACUUCUCCACCAUGCGGGGCGAGCGCGCCGAGGUGCGGCGCCACGAGGACCAUCUCAUCACCGGCGGGGACUUCCACGGCAUCACCACCCAGCAGCUGGAGUUCACCGGGGAGAUGUCGGAGCGGCCCAGGCUGAUCCGCCGCAACACGUGGACCAAGCUGGAGGGGGACUUGACGACGGAGACCACCAGCCGGUCCGAGUUCAAGGGCUUCGAGCAGGUGACGAGGACCGAGUCGGUGCAGCGCCGCCAGGACAACCUCACCGUCGGCGGAGCGUUCCACGGCGUGACGCAGAGCAGAGAGGACUUCCCCGAGCGGUGGGCCGUCAAGCCGGAGAAGCCGACGCGGCGCGCCGACAACCUGGUGGCCGCGGUGGGGGAGUUCACGACGUCCACGAGCAGCGCGGAGGCCUUCACGGGGCAGCAGAGCACGACGCGCACCGAGGUGAAGCGGCGCCGCGACAACCUCACCACCGAGGGCAGCAUGACGUUCGAGUCGUCGUCGCGCACCGAGUUCACGCACAAGACGGCCGAGAAGGAGACCCCCAAGCGGCGGCGCACAUGGACCAAGCAGGACGGCGAGCGCCACUUCGAGACCACCAGCUCGGAGGAGUACCGCGCCACCACCACGGUGGACGCGCUCGACGCGCGCCAGGCGCAGAAGCGGCAGCACGACAACCUGCGCAUGGAGGGCGAGAUGACGGUGGCGCGCUCCAGGGACGACUACAAGGUCGUCAAGGGCGAACGCUUCGAUGUGCAGAGGCCCAAGGACAACCUCAAGCCCGAGGGCGAGUUCGAGAAGCGGCCGCGCAGGGACUUCAGCCCCGUCAAGGGCGACCGCGCCGAGGUCAAGAGGCCCAAGGACAACCUCAAGCCCGAGGGGGACUUCGUGCGUCCGCAGCGGGAGAGGGUGUCCCCGGGGGAGCGGCCCAAGCCCAUCAGGCCCCAGGACAACCUGCGCCAAGAGGGCGACUUCGAGCGGCCCUCCCAGCAGCCCUACGGCCCCGGGGACAGGGCCCCCAUCGUGAAGCACCCCGACAACCUGAGGCUGGAGGGGGACUUCCCGCAGCGAGAGAGAGAACCCGUCCGCCCGGGUGAGAGAGCCCCCAUCGUCAAGCACCCGGACAACUUGAAGCUCGAGGGUGAUUUCCCGCAGCGAGAGAGAACGCCGGUUAGGCCUGGUGAACGCGCUCCCAUGGUGAAACACCCUGACAACUUGAAAAUGGAGGGUGAUUUUCCUCAGCGCGAACGGACGCCGGUGAAGCCAGGUGAGAGAGCACCUAUUGUAAAGCACCCUGACAACUUGAAAAUGGAAGGCGAUUUCCCCCAGCGGGAGUACCAACCAGUGCGCCCUGGUGAAAGAGCGCCCAUGGUGAAGCACCCGGAUAACCUGAAAAUGGAAGGCGAUUUCCCGCAGAGGGAAAGAACGCCAGUAAGGCCUGGUGAACGAGCUCCCAUGGUGAAACACCCGGACAAUUUGAAAAUGGAGGGUGAUUUUCCACAGCGUGAACGGACACCCGUAAGGCCCGGCGAGAGAGCUCCGAUCGUCAAACACCCCGACAACUUGAAAAUGGAAGGCGAUUUCCCACAGCGGGAGUACCAACCAGUGCGCCCAGGUGAAAGAGCGCCUAUGGUGAAACAUCCAGAUAACUUGAAAAUGGAAGGUGAUUUCCCACAGCGGGAGUACCAACCAGUGCGCCCUGGUGAAAGAGCGCCCAUGGUGAAACACCCAGAUAACUUGAAAAUGGAAGGAGAUUUCCCACAGCGGGAGUACCAACCAGUGCGUCCUGGUGAAAGAGCACCCAUGGUGAAACAUCCCGACAACUUGAAAAUGGAGGGAGAUUUUCCACAGCGCGAAAGGACCCCAGUGAGACCAGGCGAGCGAGCUCCAAUCGUCAGACAUCCAGACAACUUGAAAAUGGAGGGUGACUUCCCACAGAGAGAGCUGCAACCCGUUCGGCCCGGAGAGAGAGCACCCAUGGUGAAACAUCCAGACAACCUGAAAAUGGAGGGAGACUUCCCUCAGCGCGAAUUGCAGCCAGUGCGUCCUGGUGAACGCGCCCCGAUCAUCAGACACACGGACAACCUGAAGACCGAGGGCGAGUUCUCCGAGUACCGGUCGCGCGACGACUACCAGGCCGUGCAGGCGGAGCGGCGGCAGACCGUCCGCCACGAGGACAACCUCCGCGUGGAGCAGGCCGAGUUCUACGACUCGCGCUCCAGCGACGACUACCGCUACCAGCGGGCCGAGAGGGUGACGCAGGUCCGGCACGAGGACAACCUCCGCCAGGAGGGCGAGUUCACGCAGCGGGAGGUGCAAACCGUGAAGCGUGGUGAAAUGCGGGCACCUAUCAGGCCGCAGGACAACCUGAAGCAGGAGGGCGACUUCGUCCGUCCGACUCCCGAACAAGUGCGGCCUGGUGAACGAGCGCCCGUGGUGAAACAUCCCGACAACCUGCGGAUGGAGGGAGACUUCCCGCAGAGACACCGAGAACCAGUGCGGCCUGGAGAGAGAGCGCCUAUCGUCAAACAUCCCGACAACUUAAAAAUGGAAGGGGACUUCCCACAGCGGGAAUACCAACCAGUGCGCCCUGGUGAAAGAGCGCCCAUGGUGAAACAUCCGGAUAAUUUGAAAAUGGAAGGCGAUUUCCCACAGCGGGAGUACCAACCAGUGCGCCCUGGUGAAAGAGCGCCCAUGGUGAAACAUCCCGACAACUUGAAAAUGGAAGGCGAUUUUCCACAGCGGGAGUACCAACCAGUGCGCCCUGGUGAAAGAGCACCCAUGGUGAAACAUCCCGACAACUUGAAAAUGGAAGGCGAUUUUCCGCAACGUGAGAGGACUCCAGUUCGGCCGGGUGAGCGAGCCCCAAUUGUUAAGCACCCAGAUAAUUUGAAAAUGGAAGGCGAUUUCCCGCAGAGGGAAAGAACCCCCGUGAGGCCUGGUGAACGAGCCCCCAUGGUAAAACACCCCGACAAUCUGAAAAUGGAGGGAGACUUUCCACAGCGGGAGUACCAACCCGUUCGCCCUGGUGAAAGGGCACCCAUGGUGAAGCAUCCGGACAAUUUGAAAAUGGAGGGCGACUUCCCGCAGCGUGAACGGACGCCGGUGAGGCCAGGUGAGAGAGCUCCGAUUGUGAAACAUCCUGACAACCUCAAGAUGGAGGGAGACUUCCCACAGCGUGAGCUGCAGCCUGUUCGCCCUGGUGAACGCGCCCCCAUGGUGAAGCACCCUGACAAUCUAAAAAUGGAGGGAGACUUCCCACAGCGGGAGCGAGAGCCUGUCCGCCCUGGUGAACGUGCACCAAUCGUAAAACACCCCGACAACUUGAAGAUGGAAGGGGACUUCCCUCAGCGAGAACGCACCCCAGUGCGACCUGGGGAACGCGCACCAAUGGUGAAGCACCCAGACAACCUUAAGAUGGAGGGCGACUUCACCCAACGCGAAAUAACACCAGUUAAACCUGGUGAGAGAGCGCCCAUGGUGAAGCACCCCGACAACCUCAAGAUGGAGGGAGAUUUCCCACAGCGCGAACGUGAACCUGUUCGUCCAGGUGAGCGAGCUCCGAUUGUGAGACAUCCAGAUAAUUUGAAGAUGGAAGGCGACUUCCCUCAGCGAGAACUGCAACCGGUGGGUCCUGGCGAGAGGGCACCCAUGGUGAGACAUCCCGACAACCUGAAAAUGGAGGGAGACUUCCCACAACGCGAAAGGACUCCAGUCAGGCCGGGCGAACGCGCUCCAAUCGUGAAACAUCCCGACAACCUCAAGAUGGAGGGAGAUUUCCCUCAGCGAGAGCUGCAGCCUGUACGGCCUGGUGAACGCGCCCCCAUGGUGAAACACCCCGACAACCUCAAGAUGGAAGGAGAUUUCCCACAGCGUCACUAUGAGCCAGUCCGCCCUGGUGAACGCGCCCCCAUGGUGAAACACCCGGACAACCUUAAGAUGGAAGGCGACUUCCCACAACGCGAAAGAACGCCAGUAAAACCAGGAGAACGAGCCCCGAUCGUAAAACAUCCCGACAACCUCAAGAUGGAAGGAGACUUCUCCCAGCGCGAGUUGCAGCCUGUACGACCUGGUGAAAGAGCACCCAUGGUGAAGCACCCUGAUAAUCUGAAAAUGGAAGGCGAUUUCCCUCAACGCGAGAGGACGCCCGUCAAACCUGGCGAGAGAGCACCUAUUGUGAAGCACCCCGACAACUUGAAAAUGGAGGGCGAUUUCCCACAGAGAGAGUUGCAGCCUGUCCGUCCCGGUGAAAGGGCACCCAUGGUGAAGCAUCCUGACAACCUAAAGAUGGAGGGUGAAUUCACGCAGAGAGAGCUACAGCCGGUACGGCCGGGAGAAAGAGCUCCCAUGGUGAAACACCCAGAUAAUCUGAAAAUGGAGGGAGACUUCCCACAACGCGAAAGGACUCCAGUGAAACCAGGCGAGCGCGCUCCAAUCGUCAAACACCCAGACAACCUCAAAAUGGAAGGCGACUUCCCGCAGAGAGAGUUGCAGCCAGUGCGUCCCGGAGAAAGAGCGCCCAUGGUGAAGCACCCCGACAACCUGAAGAUGGAGGGCGAUUUCACCCAGAGAGAACUCGAGCCAGUGCGUCCCGGUGAACGAGCACCUAUGGUGAGGCACGCGGACAACUUGAAGAUGGAAGGGGACUUUGCACAGCGGGAGGUGGUCACUGUCCAGCGUGGUGAAAGGGUGGCCGUGGUGAAACAUGAGGACAACCUCAAGACUGGCGGAGAGUUCACGGUGACGCGCACCCGCGAUGACUUCACUGGUGAACAGGCCGAGCGCCGCGAAGUCACCAUCCGAGAGGACAACCUGAAGACCGAGGGCGAGUUCACCGAGUACCGGUCGCGCGACGACUACCAGGCCGUGCAGGCGGAGCGGCGGCAGACCGUCCGCCACGAGGACAACCUCCGCGUGGAGCAGGCCGAGUUCUACGACUCGCGCUCCAGCGACGACUACCGCUACCAGCGGGCCGAGAGGGUGACGCAGGUCCGGCACGAGGACAACCUCCGCCAGGAGGGCGAGUUCACGCAGCGGGAGGUGCACACGGUGGUCCCUGCCGAAAUGCGGUCGCCCAUCAAGCCGCAGGACAACCUGAAGCAGGAAGUUGACUUCGAACGCCCGAAACCGCAGGCGGUGACCCCUGGCGAGCGGCCCAAGCCAGUAAAGCCCAAGGACAACCUUAAGCCCGAGGGCGACUUCGAGCGGCCGCAGCCACAAGAGGUGCGGCCCGGCGAGCGCGCGCCCAUCGUGAAGCACCCCGACAACCUCAAGAUGGAGGGGGACUUCCCGCAGAGGGAGCUGCAGCCGGUGAAGCAGGGGGAGCGCGCGCCGAUCGUCCGCCAUCCGGACAACCUGAAGCAGGAGGGAGACUUCGCGCAGCGGGAGCGGGAGGAGAUCAAGAAGGGGGAGCGUGCACCCAUCAUCAAGCACCCCGACAACCUCAAGAUGGAGGGCGACUUCCCUCAGAGGGAACUGACACCAGUAAGGCCGGGGGAGCGCGCCCCCAUGGUGAAGCACCCCGACAACCUCAAGAUGGAGGGCGACUUCGCGCAGCGGGAGAAGACCCCCGUGAGGCCCGGGGAACGCGCCCCCAUCGUGCGCCACCCGGACAACCUAAAGCAGGAGGGCGACUUCGCGCAGCGCGAGCGCGAAGAGAUCAAAAAGGGCGAACGCGCGCCCAUCAUCAAGCACCCCGACAACCUCAAGAUGGAAGGGGACUUCCCCCAGAGGGAGAGGACCCCGGUAAGGCCCGGAGAGAGGCCGCAGCCCGUCAAGCCCAAGGACAACCUCAAGCAGGAGGGCGACUUCGUGCGUCCGGAGCCGGAGCAGGUCCGGCCGGGUGAGCGUGCGCCCAUCGUCAAGCACCCCGACAACCUGAAGAUGGAGGGCGACUUCCCGCAGAGAGAACUGCAGCCAGUUCAGCCCGGCGAGCGCGCACCCAUCAUCAAGCACCCCGACAACCUGAAGAUGGAGGGUGAUUUCCCUCAGAGAGAACUGCAGCCAGUUCAGCCCGGCGAGCGCGCACCCAUCAUCAAGCACCCCGACAACCUCAAGAUGGAGGGUGACUUCGACCGCCCCGAGAAGGUCCCCGUCGGUCCCGGAGGCCGGGCGCCCAUUGUUAAGCAUCCCGACAACCUCAAGCUGGAAGGCGACUUCGACCGCCCCGAAAAGUCCCCGGUUGGGCCCGGAGGUCGUGCGCCCAUUGUCAAGCACCCCGACAACCUCAAGAUGGAGGGUGAUUUCCCUCAAAGGGAACUGCAGCCGGUUCAGCCCGGUGAGCGUGCACCCAUCAUCAAGCACCCCGACAACCUGAAGAUGGAGGGCGACUUCCCCCAGAGAGAACUGCAGCCGGUUCAGCCCGGUGAGCGCGCACCCAUCAUUAAGCACCCCGACAACCUCAAGAUGGAGGGUGACUUCGACCGCCCCGAGAAGGUCCCCGUGGGUCCAGGAGGCCGCGCACCCAUCGUGAAGCACCCCGACAACUUGAAGAUGGAGGGUGACUUCGCGCAGCGCGAGAGGACACCAGUGAAGCCCGGAGAAAGAGCCCCUAUCGUCCGCCGGCCCGACAACCUCAAGCCUGAAGACGGUGAGUUCACCAAGCGAGAGAAGUCCCCCGUGCGCCCAGGAGAACGCGCUGCCAUCGUGAAGCACCCCGACAACCUCAAGAUGGAGGGCGACUUCACGAAGCGUGAGCUGGUGCCCGUGCAGCCCGCAGAGAGAACCACGAUCGUCCGCCACGACGACAACCUGCGCGUGGAGGGCGACUUCGUGGACCACCGGUCCCGCGACGACUACCAGGCCGUCACCACGGAGCGCACCAAGGCGGUGCGCCACGAGGACAACCUCCGCGUGGAGCAGGCUGAGUUCACCGCCACGCGUUCCAGCGACGAGUACCGGCACGCCACGGCCGAGCGCGUGGAGGUGGUGCGCCACGAGGACAACCUGCGCAUGGAGGGCGAGUGGAACAUGCAGCGCAGGGACGACUUCGUGGCCGUCAAGGGCGAGCGCUCCGAGAUCCGCCGCCACGAGGACAACCUGCGCAUGGAGGGCGAAUUCGUGCAGCGCGAGCGCGAGGAGGUGAAGAGGGGGGAGCGGGCCACCAUCGUCAGGCACAACGACAACCUCAAGCUGGAGGGAGACUUCGAGCGGCCCGAGAAGGCGCCGGUCGGGCCGGGAGGCCGAGCUCCCAUCGUGAAGCACCCCGACAACCUGAAGAUGGAGGGAGACUUCGCCCAGCGAGAGAGAGACGAGAUCAAAAAGGGCGAGCGAGCGCCGAUCGUGAAGCACCCCGACAACCUGAAGCAAGAGGGCGACUUCGAGCGGCCCCUCAAGGAGAAGCCGCAGCCGGGCGAGCGCGCCAACAUCAUCAAGCACCCCGACAACCUGAAGCUCGAGGGAGACUUCGACCGCCCCGAGAAGUCGCCGGUUGGGCCGGGGGGCCGCGCCCCCAUCGUGAAGCACCCCGACAACCUGAAGCUCGAGGGCGACUUCGACCGGCCCGGCAAGGAGAACGUCGGACCCGGCGGCAGGGCCCCGAUUGUGAAGCACCCCGACAACCUGAAGCUCGAGGGCGACUUCGACCGGCCACAAAAGCAAGCUCCUGGCACGCCCGACCGCGCCAAGGUGGUCAAACGGCCCGACAACUUGAAGCUGGAGGGCGACUUCGACCGACCCAAGAAGUCCCCGGUCGGCCCCGGCGGCCGCGCACCCAUCGUCAAGCACCCCGACAACCUGAAGCUCGAGGGAGGUUUCGACCGGCCGGAGAAAUCGCCAGUCGGGCCCGGUGGCCGCGCCCCCAUAGUGAAGCACCCCGACAACCUGAAGCUGGAGGGCGGCUUCGACAGGCCCAGCAAGGACAAACCAGGCCAGCCGGACCGAGCUCAAAUCAUCAAGCGCCCUGACAACUUAAAACUGGAGGGUGAUUUUGACCGUCCACCGAAGUCCCCCGUUGGUCCCGGUGGCCGCGCCCCCAUCGUCAAACACCCCGACAACCUCAAGAUGGAGGGCGACUUCGAGCGUCCGCAGAAGUCCCCCGUUGGCCCCGGCGGCCGCGCCCCCAUCGUCAAGCACCCCGACAACCUCAAGAUGGAGGGCGACUUCGCCAAGCGGAAGGUGGAGGUGGUGGGGCCCGGCGAGCGCGCCGAGGUGGUCCGCCGCCAGGACAACCUCAAGAUGGAGGGCAAGUUCGAGAGCAGGCACACCGAGGUGAUCCCCACCAAGGGCGAGCGCGCCACCGUGCGUAGGCCCGAGGACAACCUCAAGCUGGGCGGCACCUUCCAGGCGGAGACGACGCUCAAGUCCGAGUUCAAGGCCACCAAGGGCGAGCGCGCCGAGGUGCGCAGGCACGAGGACCAGCUCAAGAUGAACGGCGGCAAGAUGGAGUCGCAGACCACCAGCAAGGAGACCUUCGUCCAGAGGGUGGAGUCACCGUCCAAGACGCAGGUCGCCCGCCGCCACAUGGACUCGCAGAUCUCGCUGGGCCAAGAGACCGUCGCCAUGGAGACCAAGGCCUCGAGAGCCUCCAAGGCGCACAAGGACUCGACCUCCAAGACGACCAGCCGCACGUCGACGGACACCAAGGUGCUGGCGGACGGCACGAAGGUGACGGUGACGCGCACGGAGCACGAGACGCGCACCGCGGGCGAGGUGAAGACCGCCUCGCAGCAGCACGAGUCCAAGGCCACCAUGGAGACGUCCUCGACGUCCUCCAGCAGGCAGCAGGAGCAGCGCCAGCGGACGCACGCCGUCAGCAGCGAGUUCAAGCAGGCCCUGAGCGGCGAGGCCUUCCAGGAGAGCCCCGGCUCGCCCGCCGGCCAUCAGCGUCGCAACGUCAUCACCGCCGAGGCCGUGACCAACCAGGUGCUGCACCGCAAGGGGGCCACCACGUCCACCGAGGCCCUGCACACCAGCUCCACCGCGGCCUCGGCCCAGCGCAAGAGCAUCUGCAGCCUGGACCAGAGCGGCCAGUACAUCAGCGGCUCCAGCCAGAGCCAGGACAGGCGCAGCCUGAGCGCACUCCACCGCCAGCAGCAGGAGCAGCACCAGCACCAGCAGUCCCGGCAGGAACACCACCAGCAGUCAAGACAGGAACACCACCUGCAGUCCCGGCAGGAACACCAGCAGUUCCGCCAGGAACACCAUCAGCAGUCAAGGCAGGAACACCAUCAGCAGUCAAGGCAGGAACACUACCAGCAGUCCCGGCAGGAACACCACCAGCAGUCAAGGCAGGAGCACCACCAGCAGUCCCAGCAGAUGCGGCAGGAGCUUCACCAGCAGCAGCAGCUACAGCUGCGCCAGGAGCAGCAGAUGCGGCAGCAGGUGGUGCAGUCGCAGCAGCAGAGUCAGCAGCAGAGCCAGCAGACCCACCAACGCCGCUCGUGGUCGUCGAGCAUGCAGCAGGACCAGAUUCGCAUUGGCGGAAGCAUCAUUGGCCAACAACAGAUCGAGAGCCGGUCGUACGGCAGCCCCUCGCUGCCGCUGGCAGUGGCGGGGGUGUCGUCGGCGCAGCUCAACCAGCGCUCCUUCGGCACGCGGAGGGCCAACGCCUCCAGCAUCUCCACCAUCCUGGCGGACAGCAGCACCACCAGCAGCAGCACGCGCGUCACCUCGCUGUACAAGGCGGAGUACGAGCCCCGCGUGGUGGGCCCCUGCCCCGCGGCGCGCCUGGCCGCCGCCGCCGACCCCGCCCCCUUCAGGCACACCCGCGACACCAAGGCGCACCGCUUCUUCCUGCCCACCGUGUCCAACUGACCCCGGCCGUCCCGGCCGUCCGCGGCGCCUGCCUCUCCCUGGCGUGACCCCGGCGCCCUCCGCCAGGACGCACUGUGCCGCAUCACCGUGCUCCUGAGGGCAGGAUGAGGCCCACGUCUCGCUUCUGGAGGGUUGUUCCCGAGAGGCGUUGCAUCUCUCUCACUCGGAACUACUGUCUUGCAGACUUUUGCUGCGAUGGUUUGCAACCGACUGCUCACGUUUCACUUGUGACUGAGUUUUUAAAAAAAGUGCCAACGUGCUUCCAGAAAUGUUUGUAAAUUAGUUGUUAGACUUGUGGAGUUGUUAUUCCAUUUAACUGACGAGUGUGGCGUUUCUGCAAUUCGCGUAAACGACACUCAUCAGGGCUUAGAAGUAUUUUGAAAACUUUUUACUUUUGCUUAGUUUUAUGAGUAAGUUUGGAGCCUCACUUUUAUACUUGCCCUGGAUCAUGAAAAAAUACUUCAUGUAUCCUAUGUGUAUAAAAUAUUCUCUGGAGAAUUUUUGGAUCUGUGCCAGGCUGUUCUCAGAACACUGCAAUUAUUUAUUAGAAACUAACAUGGUGUUCUGAAGGUGUUAAAAUGCAGAAGUAGAGCUUUUAGUUUUACUUGCACUGUAUUUUGCAUCCACAUCAGCAAACAGGACGAGGUCACAAUGUGACCAAUAUGCAUGGACUUUUGCAUGCUGCAAUUUUUUGACUGCUUUUGGUAUUUUAAGAAUGCGAAAAAUGGUGAAUGUGAUAUAAAGGCUUGUAAUUUUCUAGGUACUUUUCAUACUUUUGUAACAUUUUAAUUCAGAAACUAGAUGUGACUUUUCAAGAUGAGCCCGAAUUGAUCUGUGAUACAAAAGUUGAAAUUUAUAGUCCCUUUAGGGAAGUGACAACAUAAGCAUCAAGUAGCAAGUGCCAUAUUGGAUGCCCAGAGUCAUCAAGUCAGUUACCCAACUUUUUCUACCAGGCAGCUCAAGAUACAUUCCCUCUUUAACAUGGUGCUAUUUUUAUUUAUUUUCAAAAUCACUUUUCUGUGAUUUAAAGAGAACUUUCUUUCUUCAAAUAUACCUUAUGAAAGAGUGCACUAUUUUUAUGAGUUGUACAGUAGUUCUCAUGAAAGUAUUUUUGGACAAGUAAUGCCACUUUGAACUAUUUUGACAGUGAUAACUGCUAUCAUUUUUCAAAGUUUAUUUUGUUAUCAUGCAUAAUAUUUAUUUUCAUACUCAAUUUUUUUUUAUUUUCUCUCGUAUUUUCAUUUCACUUCUUUAUUGUUUCUGUUUAGGUUGUUUUAAUUUAUGCAUUUCAUUUGCUUAUGCCUUUGUAACUUUCAUUUUUGUUUUUGCUAUGCCCCCACAAUGCCCCCAUGUAGUUUGUUUUCAUUAAUAAAAAUAUUCUAUUCAACAA